AUGUUACUAGCCCGCCCCGGGGGCCACCCUCCCGCCCGCCCAUGGGCGGGCGAAGGAUAUAUACCAUGGCGGGCCCCCCGACCUAGGGCCCGAGGCAGUGGCCCGCCCGCCCACGACCGGGCGGGACCUCGGCGGGCCCGUGGCCCGCCCGCCCCGGGGACCUCGGCGGGCACUGGCCCGCCCGACCUCGCGGGCCAUGGCCCGCCCGCCCCAGGACCCGGCGGGCCCCAUGGCCCGCCCGCCCCCGGCCUCGGCGGGCCCAGUGGCCCGCCCGCCCCGGGGGACCUCGGCGGGCCAUGGCCCGCCCGUUCCCGGGCGGGACUCCCGCCCCCGAGCGCCGACUGGCGCCCGCCCGGGGGACCUCCGGCGGGGCCCCGUGGCCCGCCCGCCCGGGGACCUCGCGGGCCCAGUGGCCCGCCCGCCCCGGGGCCGGCGGGCCCAGUGGCCCGCCCGGCCCCGGGGACCUCGGCGGCCCCAGUGGCCCGCCGCCCCGGGGACCGGCGGCCCCAGUGGCCCGCGCCGGGACCUCGGACCCAACUGCCCGGCGCCCCGACCUCGGCCCGCCAGGCCGCCGCCCCGGGGGACCUCGGCGUCCGACUGGCGCCGCCCGCCCACCAAACCCGCCCCGGGGACCGGCGGGCCCAGUGGCCCGCCCGCCCCGGGGCCUCGGCGGGCACAGUCGCCCGCCCCGGGGACCUCGCGGGCCCAGUGGCCCGCCCGCCCGGGACCUCGGGCGGGCCCAGUGGCCCGCCCGGGGGACCACGGCGGGCCCAUGGCCCGCCCGCCUCGGGGACCUCGGAGGGCCCAGUGGCCCGCCCGCCCCGGGGACUCGCGGGCCGACUGGCCCGCCCGCCCCGGGGACCUCGGCGCCGACUGGCCCGCCCGCCCCGGGGAUGGAGGGCCCGUCGGCGGGCCGACUGGCCCGCCCGCCCGGGGACCCCUCUGGCCCGGGCCAGGCCCCGCCGCCCCGGGGACCUCGGCGGGCCCAGUGGCCCGCCCGCCCCGGGGACCUCGGCGGGCCCAGUGGCCCGCAAGCCCCCGUACCUCCGCCCGCCCCGGGGGAGUGGUCGCGGGCCCCGACCUGGCGGCCCGCCCACCUCGGACCUCGGCGGGACCUGGACCCCGGGGGCCCUGCCCGUGGACCCGCAGGCCCGACUGGCGGCCCGCCCCGGGGACCUCGGGGGCCCAGGCACCCGCCCGGGGCCUCGGCGGGCCAACCCGCCCGCCCCGGGCCCCGGACUCCCCGGCCACCUGGCGGGCCGACUGGCCCGCCCGCCCCGGGGACCUCGGCGGGCCCCACCCGCGCCCCGGGGGACCUCGGGCGGGCCCCAGGCCCCGCCCGCCCCGGGGGACCUCGGCGGGACGGCCCGCCCCCCCGGGGACCGGCGGGCCGACUGGCCCGCCGCCCGCCCCCGGGGCCUCCCGGGCGGGCCCGAAGUGGGCCCGCCGCCCGGGGACCCUCGGCGGGCCGACCGGCCCCGCCCUGCCCCCGGGGACCGGCGGGGCCGACUGGCCCGCACCCCGCCCCAGGGACCUCCACGAGCCUCCUGGCCCCGCCCGCCCGGGGGAUCUCGGCGGGCCUUCUGGCUGCCCGCCCGUGGGCGGUUCGGCGGCUUCGCCCGCCGUCCCUGCAGGGGACACUUACCCUUUGCUUAG